AUGUAUAACAGCCACUCCGACAUCUGGAUCGCCGGCGCCUUUGCCGCAGUAGUCGUCGACUUCAUCGUCUAUCCCUUCGACACGCUCAAAACUCGGAUCCAGUCGCUGGACUAUGAAAAGGUGUUCAAAGAUCCGCGCACCGGCGCCGUGAGACGAAAUGUCCUCUUCCGCGGUCUCUACCAGGGAGUUUGGAGCGUUGUCUUCUCAACAAUACCGUCAUCCGGUGCCUUCUUUACCACAUACGAGGCCAUGAAAUCCGCGCUCCACAAUUCCAGUACUAAUAACAACAAUGCCGACGGUAUAUAUGCCAGCCCCGGCUCGCCAAAUAGAAUUCAACUCCCCUUCACACAUUCUCUCCCCAGCCCGAUAAUCCACGGCAUCGCCUCCUCAUCUGCCGAAAUGGUUGCGUGUCUGGUGCUUACACCCGCCGAGGUGCUGAAGCAGAAUGCGCAGAUGGUCGAUGGCCAUAAACGCAGCGGCACAGGCAACAAAACCGCCAUGCGCCAGGUUCUCGUCCGAUUCCGUCGUCAUCCCUGGCGCCUGUGGAGCGGAUAUACAGCUCUCGUGGGAAGAAACCUCCCAUUCACGGGUCUUCAGUUCCCGAUCUUUGAGUAUGUGCGCUCGCAUAUGAUUGACUGGCGGAGGCGGCGGAAAGCGAAUCAGGCUGCUGUUGCUUCUGGAAGUGGAAGGAGUAGUAACGGCACAGAUCCCUCAGAGCAGAGAGAGCGGCUGAUCGAGCGGGCCGGGUUAACGGGCCUCUCAGCCUCGGUAUCUGGCACGAUAGCAUCGAUCAUAACGACGCCAGUUGAUGUGAUAAAGACGCGCGUAAUGCUCUCAGCAAGCAAUAAUCAAGCUCCCUCCUCGGAAAAAGAAGCGAAAUCGGAGUCUCUAAAGGGAAAGGGUGCUGCUUCAUCUGAGAAAACAGCCACGAAACAGCCGAAAAUCCGCACUCUGGCUGUUGGCCGUGAGAUCUAUCAGAAUGAAGGUAUUCGGGGCUUGUUCAGGGGUGGCGCACUUCGUGCCGGAUGGACGGCUGUCGCGUUGAGUAUGUAUCUGAGUCUUUAUGAAGGUGGUCGGUUUUAUCUGGAGAAUCGGAGGAGGGAGCGUGAAGGAUUGCGAGAUGGGCAGCGGGUUGCGAACGAGGAGGGGGAGACUGUUAUGUAG